UGUCUGGUUGUUUGCAUCUCAGCUGAAAGUCCCAGCUUGAAGAUUUUUUCUCAAUUGACACAGCUAUUUUUAACCGUUCAACUGGAGUGUCCAUACUAUAAGAAUCCCGGGCUCCAUCUAAAUUACCAAGUCAAGUCCUUUCAUACCAGAUGUGAGUCAUUAGAAUCCAAGGUAGAUCUUCAUCUUUUCAGCAAAGUGAAGAUUGGCAUGAUUGACCUCUUGGGGGACCAAAAAUAUUUUGCCUGUAAUGUUCUGACUCCAUAUCACUACACCAUAGAUAUUGAGAUUAAACUCAAUGAAGAAGGAUUUGUACUACCAGUCAAUGCACAAGAUGAGGUAUAUGAAAGAAUAGCUCUGUGCAUUGAUGAUGAAAAGAGAUUUUGUGCCAAUAGCCACAAUCUUCUUGGAAAAGAAUCCAUUAAGCAAAGACAUCUGAAGCUCAUUGGUUAUGUGGUUGUACAGAUCCCAUUUUUUGAGUUUAACCCACUGAACAACAAAAAUGAUGUACUGGAUUACCUACACAAGAAAGUAUUUCCUAAUUUUUAUAGUUUCCAUGAGUAAUAAAGCUGAAUCCAAAUGAAGCUGAAAUAUAUGUGAAGGCUAUUGUUGAUUUUGCAUUUGGGAAAGAUUAAAAAUAAAUCCAGUGUUUAUCCUA